GCGGGGGCGGCCGGCGCGGGCGCCCUCAGUAACAGCCCGUCUGUUCUCUCUUGCAGGCUCGGAACGCGGAAAAGGCCAUGACUGCCUUGGCAAGGUUUCGCCAGGCUCAGCUGGAGGAAGGAAAAGUUAAGGAGCGAAGACCUUUCCUUGCUUCAGAGUGUAAUGAACUGCCUAAAGCCGAGAAGUGGAGGCGACAGAUCAUUGGGGAGAUUUCCAAGAAGGUGGCACAGAUUCAAAAUGCUGGCUUGGGGGAAUUCAGAAUCCGGGACCUGAAUGAUGAAAUAAACAAACUUCUGAGGGAGAAAGGGCACUGGGAAUUCAGAAUCAAGGAGCUGGGAGGCCCUGACUAUGCUCGGAUUGGGCCGAAAAUGUUGGAUCAUGAGGGGAAAGAAGUUCCAGGAAACAGAGGUUACAAAUACUUCGGAGCUGCAAAGGAUUUACCAGGAGUUAGAGAACUUUUUGAAAAGGAACCCGUCCCUCCGCCUCGGAAAACUCGAGCUGAGCUUAUGAAAUCCAUUGAUGCAGAAUACUAUGGCUACAGGGAUGAAGAGGAUGGUAUUCUGGAGCCGCUGGAACAAGAACAUGAAAAGAAAGUUAUAGCAGAAGCAGUGGAAAAAUGGAAAAUGGAGAGAGAAGCACGACUUGCAAGAGGUGAGGAAGAGGAGGAAGAAGAUAUCUAUGCUGUCAAUGACGAUGAGUCUGAUGAGGAAGGUGGCAAGGAGCAAGGUGAAGAAGGCCAACAGAAAUUCAUCGCACAUGUUCCAGUGCCAUCUCAACAGGAGAUUGAGGAAGCUCUUGUACGGAGAAAGAAGAUGGAGCUUCUUCAGAAGUAUGCCAGUGAAACCCUCAUGGCACAGAGUCAGGAGGCAAAGACACUUCUAGGAUUGUAACAUUGCACCAGUGUGUCCUGGGUUUUGUACAAGCCAGCUAAAAGCAGGAGGUUCACAUAUUCUGGUGGCAGUCACUAUUAUCUCCCGAAGUCCCUUUGGAUGUUACGAGUAAACUGAUGAAGUUACA